AUGCCACCUCGUACUCGAUCUGCGGCACGUACUACUUCUGUGACGACUCGUGCAUCACUUGGCCGAAUUCAAUCAGCUCAGAAACCUCAAGUUUACAAGGCUGCUCUUCAAUCCGGGAAAAAACGUAACUACCAUCUGAUUACCCUGUGCGAAACAUGCUCCCAAACCAAAACUGUGACCAGGGCAAGCCCAAAAGUAACAGUACAAGUAGAGCAGAAGAAGAAAAAUGGGCCAGCACGUAGAGGGCUCGAUACUCGGGUCCUGAAUGUGAUCCAAAAGGCAAUCAAGCACCGGAUAUCAGAUUGUUGCAAUUUGGAAUGGCUUAAUGCUAAAAUCCCUGCGUUGAUUUGGCGUUCGGCCAGGGAGAACCAUUUGGGCCUGCCAACGUGUCCUGACGAAGUAUCCGAGCCACAGUAUGCUGCCAUGCUGUUCACGAAGAGGUGUUCUACGUGCGGAGGCUACGCGCCCCGUGAAAUGAACCCCAUUUUGGUUGAUUCGAUUGUGUGGGAACUGCUGGUUAGAAGAACUAUCGAUGUCAAUCGAGUGACGGAUUCAUCAUUACUAUCAGUAAUAGAGGCCCCAUUCCAGGCCAGAGUUAUAAUGGAGGUCGUGGUGCCUCUACAGCGAAGCCAGGGAGCUGGAGACGAUGAAGCACUGCGAAAAUGGAGGAGCGAACGACAUAGCCUAGUUGAAGCAAAAAGGCGGAGCGCAGAGCCGCUCUCCACAUGGCUUAGGAAUAGGGAUCGGGAGCAAGCAAAGAAUCGGGAUAGCCUAAAAGCCUUGCGUCCCCUCGGCGACGAUCCCCUUCCUUCUGACGCCAAAGAACCCCAUCAUGACAAUUCAUACAUAGAAGACAACAACAAUGCUUAUCCUUACCCAGACGAUCCAGACGAUCCAGACAAUCCAGACGACGCUGAGGGAGUGCUUGUGGAGGAACCGCUGAUCCGUGUCCCACCGGAUGAUGCUGAGGGGCCUCCCAAGCCUCCUGGCAAUGAUGGAGGAGCCGGCAUGCCUCUAUUUGAUGCUCACCCAACGCUACAGAACAUUUACUUGCGCACUUGGGCUCAGUACGCGUUCAACCACGCAACACAAGACUCCGUUCAAUCGAUACUGGAGUCCCACAAAUUGGCCCUUAUGGCCAAUGCACAAUACCUCCCUCAGCCGCUUGUCGAAGAGAUUCAACAAAUGCCUCUUACUCUACGGUCGCUCGAGCGCCGGCUUGGAAUGGACCACUCGGAACUAAUCAGAAUCUAUCCUGUGUGCCCCGAGCCACAUGCGGCAGACGAUACACCAUGGAGCAACUUUACCAGCUCCCAAUCCCCAGUGCACUCGGAACCCCCUCUAAAUCAUUUCCUUACAUUCCUCUCCCUGCUGCUCUCGGUCGUCUAUUGCCCCGGCAUUGAGUUGCCGGUGCACAAUGCUGAGACGGGGAAAUUCAAGACCGACGCGUUUACGCAAACUUAUCCGUCCUUGUGGUCGAUUGGAUCGCGCGCAUCAAGUCUACGGGCCUGUUUGCUGUUGACCGAGCAAGGCUAUGACCAUGAAGUUUAUGAUCUUUGCGAGCCUCACGAGCAUUUACAGCAUAAGCACCGCUGGCUCCGUGCGGAAUGGCACGAACGCAAUGACAUCCGUAAUGAGACUGGUACAACAUUUACCAAACUAGACCGGCUCUCCGGUUUCUAUGCGUUCAAUAAUGCGCCCAUCGAUGUAAUGCAUUUGGUGGAUCUUGGGCUUACCAAGGCUAUUGAAAGUAAGUACAUAUACAAGCAAGGGAUGCUCCGAAAACGUUUUCAUUGGCAGCCUGCUGGUGAGACACCCAAGGCUCGCUACAAUGCGUUUAUCACGCGGACAAUCUUCCCUCAUUAUUGUAGUCAGCUCCCUACCCAUGCCCAAGGGCUGAAGGGACGCGUCAAGGCCAAACAGCGGCGCCUCUUGCGCCUUAUCAUGGUUGGCUUGUACUUUGAGGCUUGGCACGUUGGUGACUCGAUCCCAGAUGGCAAUAUCCCUUGUGGAAAGGAGGUUGAACAGGGUCGCCAGUUGCUUGAACAGGUUGGCACGGUGUUCACUGAUAUGAACAUCAAUCUCACUCCAAGCUUCCACGCCAUCACACAUUUGCCCGACCACCUCUACAAGUAUGGAAGUGUUUACAAUACUACCAACCGAUUUGAGCGUGCAAACCGAAUGCUUAUCAACGUCAACAAGAACAGGCACGGGGGCGGAGAAAUUGAAGCAACAAUGGCAAAGGGAUUUAUGCGUCGCGUUGAGUGUUACCGCUAUAUUAACAAAUUACAAUCAAUUGAGGGGCCAACGGACGAUGAUAUAGCAACAACAAAACUUUUGUUACAAGGCAUGAGAGACGCCCCGGAACACGAAGUUCAGCGUGGCAGGCUUGAUGCAAUUCUGGCUGGAGACGCCCGAUUUCUUGAACAAGAGCACAUUUGGUUGGCAACUGCCCCUGCCAAAGUUAACUUCAGAGAUCACAAGCAUCAAGCAUAUUAUAAUUAUGGUCUACACAACGUCCACUUUUACGGAUAUGGCGCGCCGCCACCAGAAGGAAUUCAAGUUCAACUUCAUCCCAGCCGAUCUACUCUUGCCUACCCUCACUUCCGUCGGUACGGGGUCCGGUACGGCUCGGCAAACCAUACGCGAGGGUUUGGUUCACGCUAUGGUUAUAUUGAUGACCAAACACCUGUUAUCGUUCAGGGUAUUUAUGAGUCAACAGUGACCGUUCUGGGCGAGCAGUACAAAUUUCUGGCUGUUAUGAUUCAGAAAUUUGUUGCUCCGGCAGAACCGCCUGCCUUCCCGUGGAACCAUUGGGAUCAUAUUCUUGGGAUCGGUGCAUGGGUGUACCAAGAACUCCAGCCAGUGGAAGCAGUGCCAGCAAGUGCAUUACUGGCCUUUUUGCGCUUUCCAAUAUUGAGAUGUCAUACGGGCACUGUCCUAGACGGCGGCGACGAAGUACCCUACGACGACGAACUAACUAACUACGAUGACCACGCGCUGUAA